AUAUAGCGAACGAAACUUGAGGAUCAGUUAGUGUUCUCUAUCCAAUCGGGGUACAACCUCAGCGGAGGAGUGAAGCGUCUGAGACAAGAGAGUUUUCCUUUUCGCCACAAACACAACAAAGCCAAUCCCACCCACAAUGUCUCUUGAGCGUCAAGUGCGAGCCAAGAUCGCGGGAAAGCGCGAUGCCACGAAGGACAAGGAGGCGCAGGAGUGGAUUGAGACUCUCUUGGGGGCGAAAUUCCCCGCUGGCAGUCUGUACGAGGAUGUCCUGAAGGACGGCACAGUCCUGUGUCGCCUGAUGAACAAACUCCAGCCCAACUCUGUGCCCAAGAUCAACGAGAGCGGCGGCCAGUUCAAGAUGAUGGAGAACAUCAACAACUUCCAGAAAGCCCUCAAAGAUUACGGUGUACCUGAUAUCGAUGUCUUCCAGACGGUGGAUCUGUGGGAGAAGAAGGACAUCUCUCAGGUCACCAACACCCUCUUCGCUCUCGGACGUGCCUGCUGGAAGCACGCCGAAUUCGGCGGUCCCUACCUCGGCCCCAAGCCAGCCGAUGAGUGCAAGCGCGACUUCACGGACGAGCAGCUGCGCGCCGGCGAGGGCAUCGUUGGCCUCCAGGCCGGCCAGAACAAGGGAGCCUCGCAGGCUGGCCAGAACAUUGGCGCCUCACGCAAGAUUCUGCUUGGAAAGUAGAAACGACGAUUCCUCAUCAAUUUCACAUCGCAAAGGAAUGCUUUUCAUUGUAUCUUUUCCAACGCACUUCGCAAUGCCCACAACGCUAUUUAUAGAUGGAUACCAUAAAGGAGAUGAUGUAAAUCAUUACUCUCGCCAAAUGGGUAAUAAAUUAUAAUUAUUAUGUGAAUUUUCUACGAAAUAAAUUGUGUAUAGGAAUUUUUUUUGGGGAGUCAAAACCGGAGGAAGAAGAAGUAAAAAGGAGAAAAAAGAAGAACUUGGGGAAGAAAAAAUGUAAGAGAAUGUAAUCAUUGUUUUAUUUUGUUGUUUUUCUACCACCCAAAAACGAAGAAUUAAAUAAAUUUUUCUUAUUAUAA